CUCAUUUUCCUCCCUCAACGUUCCUCGCAGCUGAGAUGCGAUUGAUGUUGUUUCUUCGCACGUUGCUCCUCGGCCUCUCCUUCCUCAGCCUUGCCUCUGCUGUGCACACGGGCAGGUAAGAAAAAGGUGAGACGCCCAUCCAUCAUGGCGGCAGUUUCUCCGCUCAGGUUUCUCCGGUCCCCGCUGCGUACAUCCCAUGGAGCAGCCCUCGAGAGCGCCGAUGAUCCCUUGAAGUUCGUUUCCGGCCCCUUCUGCUGCUACUGCAAGCGCGGCGAAAUCAUCCUUGGUCAGCCUGCAGAGUAUCGCUGAUUCGUCCAUAUUAUCCUGACACCUUUCCUGGGUGGGUACAGACUUCAUGCAGCCAAUGGAUGCGCCGGACGAAGCGGCUGCCAGAGAUUCCUGCCAGAACGAGUGCCUCGACAGAGACCCCGAGGUCACGCACUUCAAGGUCAGAAACGCCGCGUAGCUAGAAGAAAGACGAGCAACAUCCAACUUGUCCGUCACAUUAUACAUUGCAGAUAGAGCCUGGGAAGUGCCGCAGCCAGGAGGAGGUUGACGAGGCCAACGAGCGCAUUCUGGCGGCGAUGAAGAAGGAAGAGGAGGAGAAGAAGAAGGAGGCCGAACCUGGGUCGCCUGAGACACCCCCACUCGCUGCUUCCAAGGUGGGCGAGGAAGAGCCCGAGCCCCCGGAGGGACCUGGCGAGAUCGCGGCCAAGGUAGGCGGAGAAGAGCCUCCGGAGGGACCUGACGAGAUAUCCGCGGCCAAGGUGGGCGGCGAAGAGCCCGAGCCCCCGGAGGGACCUGGCGAGAUCGCGGCCAAGGUGGGCGGAGAAGAGCCUCCGGAGGAACCUGGCGAGAUAUCCGCGGCCAAGGUGGGCGGCGAAGAGCCCGAGCCGCCGGAGGGACCUGGCGAGAUCGCGGCCAAGGUGGGCGGAGAAGAGCCGCCGGCUGAGACACAAUACUGCUGCUAUUGUGCCCCGCCUGGGAUGACGACUACGAAUCACGCGGACAUGCCUUCCUCGGGCGAUGAGGAGGUCGACACCAACUCGUGCAUGGACUUCUGCAAGGCAGAUACAGCCAAGCACAUCCGAGUGGUGCCCGACCUCAGCUGCAAGCAGGUCGACCUCUCGCAGAAGACCAUCACAGGCGAGCAACAGAGAGGGCCUCCCUCCUUCCUCUCAUCCACACACACACAAGGAUGACAGACGGAUUGAUGGCACACACACGGUCACAGUAUGUGUCUCUCUCUGGCGGCAGAGAUGAAGGGCAGCCCGAAGUUCCGUGCCAAGGCGGAGGCGCUGGAGGAACCUGAGCCCAAACCCAAUAAGCCCGCCGAGGAGCCCACCGAGGAGCCGGUCGGCGCCCCGGCUGGUGCUGCUGCUGGCGGUGCUGCUGGUGCGGAGGAGGAGCCUGCGGCCGGUGGGAAGGACUACUGCUGCUUCUGCCGUGAGGGCCCCAAGGCAGGCCACUUCGAGCGGCUCACCUCCCGCAGCCGAUACGACGCCAUGCACAAGUGCAUCAACGGUACAUUCGUUAUGGCAAAUCAGACACUAAUGCCUCACGUGCCGGUCUGCCUUACGCGUGUGUGUGUGUGUGUGUGUGUGCAGACAUUUGCGAUGCGAAGGGUUUGGACGAUGUGGUCUUCCUGGGCGGGCAGCAGUGCGACGCCAUGACACAGGGCAAAACGUUCAUGCGGGAGCUCGAGAAGAGGAAAGGACAGGCCCAGUGACUGACUGACUGACAUCAUCCAGAGGGAGCGUGUGACUGUGAGAUACAUCAAUGA